GCCUAAAUACCAUAUGGGAGCUGGGUGUUGAAACCUGAACAAAAAUGGACCAAAGAAGUCUAUUCGUAUUUACCCAGAGACUGCUGAAGGUCUCCAGACUGAACCAAAUGAGAUAAUACCUGUAAAGAUCAACCACAUGGAAGAUAUUGACAUUAAAGAUCACGAAGAAAGUAAAAUCGAGAAAGAGAGCAGUCAAGAAAUCCUCAACCAACCAAUUGAAAUUCCCGAAAUUGAUGAUAAAUAAAUCCUCAGAUAUCAAGAUUAACAAGAGUUCCCAAUCCAUUGCUAACCCGAGCCUUAUCAGAAGCAGAAGAGGAGCACUAGAGUCUUUACAACAUAAGUCAAGCAUUAUUUUGCAGAAUUCUUAUGUGAAUGAAACAAUGAGAUCUGUGCUCAACUUUCACCCAGAUGAUAUAAUUGUUAAUAAGAACGAAAGACGAAAGAAAAGCGCAACAAAUUCUUCUCUACUGAAAACCUUUGCAGGAUUAAAAUCUAAAGGAGUUUCACCAAAUCCGAUUUUAGAGUCUGUCCGAUUGCUCAAAAAUAAAAGACAUCUUAGUGAGCAUCAAAUUAUUAUGGUUAGUCAAGAAAUGAGACGUAUCUUUCAUAAGCAAUAUUUCAGCACAGGAGAUUGGGAGAAAUAUGCUAAAGAGCAUCCUGAAAUAUCACAUCUAGAUAAAUAAAGAAAUUGAACGACUCGACAAUCUUAAUGAUAGUGAAUUAUUCAAAGAAGUUUCACAGUUUAUGGACCCAAGGGAUAUUAUCAGCAUGUUUAGCAUUGACAAGAGAGCGACUGGAACAAAUAUAUUCAGAAAGGAUCAUGAUAAUAUUGUGCAAUUGUCGACUCUCUCAACAAAUCCAAAGAAAAGAGAGCAAUCUAAAAAGCAAAGGUUACACAAGAGCGGAAAAAUUGAGCUUGAGGAAAACUUUAACAACUACUCUGAAACCUAUCAAGAUGCUUUACUAGAAGAAGAUGAAGACUCUCAAAGAGGUCCUAAUGAAGCUAUGUACAUUGAUGUUGAGAAGAUACCUGCAAAUUCUAUGCUUACUUUUGAAGAAUCCCUUCAACGUCAAAAAGAAAUCCUUGACAAAAGUUCUAAAGUUAGAAACUCUAUUAUGCCAAUUUGGGAUACUCGCAAGCAUGCCAAAGCUAAAUUCUAUAAAACUGUGGAGAAUGACUACGAUGAAACUGAUGAUUAUAAAUCUAAUUCGGAUUUCCCAGACUACAAGUGUAAAUGAAUUCAAGAUAUGUCGGAAAAUCCAGAGAUCAUGACAAAGGAGCUAGACCCUUCUAAGAUCAUUAUGGGUAAACUAAAACCGUCCAUCUCUUUUGCUUGAGCCCUGAUUUCUAUUGCUAAUUAUGAUGCACAGUUCUCCAAAAGUAUUAUAGGGAGUUUAGUAUACCCAAAUAAGAGCAACAACCCAUUGUUCAGUAAGUCAGGAAUUUAUGGUGUAAAAGCUAGAUUUAAUGGUACUCAAAGACUCGUAUUGAUUAACGAUAAGUUACCUUACAACUCAGACUCAGAGGAGAUAUUUACUACUCAUACUGACCAAUUUGUGAUCCAGCUGUUAGAAAAGGCUACAGCUAAAAUAUAUGGAAAAAGAUAUUCAUCAAUUUCUUCAAAUCCAUCUAUUGAAAUGCAUCAUUUCAUUGGAUGGAUCCCAGAAAUAGUUAAAUUUACUGACGUAAAUAAUAAGGAUAAUUUAUGGUCAAGAAUGAAACAAAAUUUCAAAGAAGGAAAUAUCAUACUCGGUGUCAAUAUUGCUAAUGAGGAAGAAGAAGCCAAGCUAUAUUCCUCUGAUACAGAGUUUACUCAUGAAGAUUCUCCUAUCCUUGCAAUUUUGGAUAUCAGAGAAUUUAAAGAGCAUAAAUUAAUGAAAUGAGCUAACCCUUCUGGAGGAUUUACCAGCUUCAAUAUUUACAAGCCAAAUGAGACACAUAGCCUCACGGGAGAGUUAAUUGAGCCUGUUGUGCUUCCGUCUGGAACUACAAGAAAGAUAGAAUCUACCUUUUGGCUAAAAUGGGAAGAUGUAUUAUCAUACUACACACAGAUAAACCUAUGCUGGAACCCAUCAAUUUAUCCAUUCAAAAAGCAAAUUCAUUCCUACUGGAAACACAGGUACUCUCCUGAGUCAGAGUACCCAAACCUGGGUGGGAAAUUCAUUGAUGAAAAAUAUUGAGUGGAGUACUGUCCCCAAUUUGUGUUCACUAUUCCUCCUCAUAAAGACGAUUUUGAAGUAAGAAUCUUCCUUCAAAGACACAUGCAGAGCUUUGACCAUAACGGAGAUAGGUUCAUCAGCUUCAAAUUAUUCUCAUUUGAAGGAUAUAGAGCGAUUUAUCCAGACGAUAACCUAAGGUCUUUUCAAUAUUCAAGAAGAGAGAUGUGCUCAGAUGUGUUCAUAUUCGAGAACUCUACCACAGACGAGUCUUAUAUCUUAGCUAUCCUCAAAGGAGAUGACCUUGACAAAUCUGAUGAAGUCCAAUUUACUUUAGAUGUUCUUUCAUUUAUUGAUAUUGACAUCAAGGAAUUACCAGAGCCGGUUAUUGAGGAAUCGUAUCAAGUUAAAGGAAAAUGGAACCUUAAAAGGCCAGGUGGGGAUCUUCUCUCAGAGCAUUCAGUGAAUAACCCUCACUACAAAUUAACAGUGAUUGAACCUGCUCAUGUACAGAUCAAGGCUGAAUGUGACAAAAAUUCAAUAAUGGUUGUAAUUUUUGAAGGAGGAAAUAAAAUAUCUGAAACUCCUUUCUCUCAUAUCACCAAAAAUAAAAAUCCAGGAUGAUAUUCAUGUGGAUUUUCGUGUCUGGAGACCACGCUAGAUCCUGGAGUUUACACCGUUAUUCUCUGAACUGAAGAAAUAUCUCUUUGAGAAAAAUAUCGAAUAGUGUUCAACCUUAUGGAAGAUACAAGGCUAAGUUAUAGUGAAGAUCUUCUUUUUGAGAAAAUACCUUAAUUCGGAUUAUAAAAUUCCUAAUAUUUCUAUAUAAU